AUCCAAGCAGCACCUCCAUCUUAAUAUGUCAACCUAGAAACCGGGCCUUUGCUAUUGCGAUAACGACGACGAGAAACCUAAGAAACGCACCUACUCUUGGCAAAACUUGUUUGAGACGGCGAGAAGAGUUAUUUUAUAAGGUUGUCGAACGAGGUAUACUGAGAAGACGAAGGAUUUUGUCAAAGAAGGGUGAGGAAGUGGUACCCCGCCAUCCACCACCCGUCGUCGCCACAACGCACAUCUACGAACAAGCCCUCUCUCGGCCACCACGGCCCUGACAGAAAACGCUCGCCCUCGCCUUUACACAUCCUCGAAACCACGACUAUCUACCUACACACUACGACUCAGCAGACCAGCUUGACGACCCAGCAGGAUGUCAGGCAUGUGGGGCUGGUUCGGCGGACAGUCGGCGCAGAGCCGCAAGGACACGCCUAAGAAUGCGAUUCUGGGACUCAGGUCGCAGCUGGAGAUGUUGCAGAAGAGGGAGAGGCAUUUGCAGACGCAGAUGGAUGAGCAGGAUGGGAUUGCGAGGAGGAGUAUUGCUACUAAUAAGAAUGCGGCACGAGCAGCGCUAAAGCGCAAGAAGCAGCAUGAACACACGCUCGACCAGACCCUAGCGCAGAUCUCGACGCUGGAGCAGCAGAUCUACUCGAUCGAGGCGGCGAAUAUCAAUCGUGAGACGCUGGCGGCGAUGGAGAAGGCUGGGCAGGCCAUGAAGCAGAUUCAUGGGAAGUUGAAUAUCGAUGUUGUGGAUCAGACCAUGGAGGACCUUAGGGAACAGCACGCGCUGGGCGAGGAGAUCGCGAAUGCGAUCACGAAUACCCCGCUUGGAGAGACGAUUGAUGAGUCGGAGCUGGAUGAUGAGUUGGCGGAGAUGGAGCAGGAGCAGCUGGAUGAUAAGAUGUUGAAGACAGGGACGGUGCCGGUGUCGGAUGAGAUCCAUAGGUUGCCCGCGGCGGUGAAUGGAGAGCUGAAGAACAAGCAGCCCGCCCGCCAGGAGGAAGAGGACGAGGAAGAGGAGCUGAGGAAACUGCAGGCGGAGAUGGCGAUGUAGGGAGUGGUCCUGUGCAGUUUGAGAGUUUUCUAAUACAAUACGAGUACUACUACACCACCACAGUCACCGUACACACCCACACACACGCACGCGGAGGCGGAGAGAUGGUAGUCUUUUUUUUGAACCCUUCUUAUUUUAUAUUAUUGAUUCCGCGUACGCAUUGCACUGGGAGGGGAGGGAGGCUGCCGUUUUUUUUCUUCGAGAGGGGAGUGGUUGGUUCAUGGACUGGGUCCGUGAUAGAGUUGGGGAAGGUUCGUUUCUUUGCGGGGAAGGGGGGGGGGGUGUUGUGCAGAUGGAGUUCGUUGUUGUUGUGCUUUUUUGUGGGGGGUUUAGUUUGGCCUGGUUGGCUUAUACAUUUCGAUAUCGCGUGGCUUUUUGUUGGGAGGAGAGGAGACGGUGAGGGGGAAGGGAGGCGGUGGGGAGGGUGGCUUAUGGUUAGCAUGUUGGGAUAGUUAAACGUUAUGAUCUAGCUGGAUGGUGCUGUGCUGUGUGAGAUGUGUGUGUGUGUGUGAAUGUAUCACGUGUGAUGUUUGUUGUCUGUGGGGAAGUCUGUGUGGGAUAUCCGUGGUGAUGGGUGUCUGUGGUGUGGGG